AUGGGGCCGCAUUUUACCCUCCUGUUUUCGGCGCUGGCAUGUUGCUUACUUCCUGCCGAGGGCUGUGUCAUCUGUGACACGUCUGUCGUGCUGGCGCUGAAGUCCCUGGAGAAGGAUUACCUGCCGGGCCACCUGGAUGCGAGCCUUCACAAAACCUUAAUGGAUAAAGUAGAGAAGGCUGUGGCAGAUUUCCAGAAUCUGUCGUUUACUGAGGAUGCCUAUAUGGGGGUCAUCGAUGAGGACACACUGCAAAAGGCUUCCUGGAGUUUGCUGAAGGAUCUGAAACGCAUCACAGACAGUGAUGUAAAAGACAAUCUCUUCGCGAAGGAGCUAUUUUGGAUGUUGCACCUGCAAAAGGAAGCCUUCGCCACCUCUGUUGCUCGAUUCCAAAGAGAGGCUUAUUGUCCCAAUCAAUGUGGUGAGUCCGGAUUACAGAAGCUAACCCUCUGCUCUUCGUCCGGCCCUCUGAAUAGUGAACCUCCCCACUCAACUUUUUGGAUCCUGGUAUGAUGCUGCAGACUCUGAUCUGGUGCAUGAACU